CUUCCAACAACUCGAGCACCACGACGCGACUUCCGCUAGAUACGACACAGUUCCACAGAGAACGUCGACACCAUUCAGGAUUGAAAUCCUCGAUACAAGUGCCCACAGGCGUUGACAGAGAUGGCGAGCGGGUGGAGCAUCAUCAUCGGCCUGGUGAUCAUUGCUGUCCUAUGUGUUGUCGCAUGGAUAUUCUCACCGAAGGGCGAGAACCAAGUGCUCUGGCGGUCGUCUCUCAUUCUCGCUAUCAUCAGCUGCUACCUCAUGUGGGCCAUCACGUUCCUUGCGCAGUUUAACCCGUUGAUCACGCCGAGGCGGUCGGACCUGCGACCCGAAUACCUACAUGAAUGAGCCGGGCUUGGGGGAACUAGGAUGGUAUCGACGGGCUAUCUCUGUACAAACACCUCUUCUUAUAUUACCACAUCUAUUGGGCGUUUGGGGGUCUUUGCGGGCUUUUUCAAGUGGCAGCAUGUUAUGGAUUCUUCGCAGGUUGCGUUGCAGAAGGGAUAUGUUUCUACGACGGGGACGAGAGCCAGCCCGAUUCGAAUAGAGAAAUCGGGACAAGCAGCCGCCUGCAGUUUUCUUGGAGCAUCCGACCGAAAUGCCGGGCUUAGCAUACACACGCUCCUCGCAGCGAAGUAGUCGUCGAUUUCACGAGCAUCGAUUAUAUUAUUAUAAUAUUAUAUCCCAUACCCAUUG